ACAAGUGACCAGGCAACUUGAUUUUCUCCAAUAAGUUGGGAAACAAAUCCCUGUUAUACGUAUAGGCUACUCAACAUCCACAAUUUACCUGGCAAUCUCUCUAACCCACUGGGGUUCACUUUCUAGACCUAGAAAUAUAGUAUUUAUCUCGCUACAGCGUUCCAUUCCCAACACUUCUUACCCCAAAAAUCUGGUAUCUAUUAUCCAAAACUCAGAGUUUGUGUCAUUUCAACAGACUCGUACAAUCAAGAGAGACUCGAGCGAGGGUUAUAUAUCUGACAAGUCGUCGUCCAAUGAGGCAGUGGACCAGCUCAGCCCUGAAGCCAGUGAGAGAGCAGUCGUGGCUGUGAGGGGGGCAUCAACAGAGGCUGCUGCUCUGGGUGAUCUGGUAGGGGGUCCAGAGCCAGACGACUCUCCCUCCAUGGGGACCCAGCCACGGAGCCACUUCAGCAGGCAGCCUGUCAAGUACCAGCGCCAGCCCACCCCGGGUCUCCGCCGCUCCGCGGGCGCUACCAGUGCCGGGCAGCUCGGGGAAGAGGAUGAGGAUGAAGAGGAGGAUGAAGAGGAGGAGAGGAAGAGAAACCAACCGAGGAGCGCAGACAGCAGCCGUAGCCCCUCCCCUGAACCUGAACCUGUUAGCCAGAGAAUGAGAAUCCUUCGAUUGGAGCUCCCCCCCGAGACAACCGCCUACCACCUGCUCAGCCAGGCUGGAGGCCACGCCCCAGAGAGCCAGACGGAAAGAGAGAAGACACCCCCAUAUGAGGUUCCACAGGGCAGGCUGCGGGCGGGGACAGUGGUAGUAGAACCAUCAAUAGCUGCAACAACAGCAGGAGCCAAUCCGACGCCGAGCACCGGUGCUCAGGAGGCGGGGCUUAGGAGUCGGUCUGCCACAUUGUCUCAGCUGAACGUGAACCAGUCCAAUAACAGGCAGGGGUGGGUGGGUGAGAGGCGGAGACUGAGCGGAGAGGAGGGUCUUAGUGGCCCGGCUCGGAAGAUUCUGUCAGGGCUGAAGCUCAGACGUAGCCACUCAGGACUGCAGCAACACUUUGUCUGAGGAGGAGGAAGGUUGGAACUGUGAACCAUAGAAUUAGAAUCACAUUCGAGAACGGACAUUCCCCAUUCAAGUCAAAGUUCCGUGGACUGGCAGGAUUCUAUUUCUAUGGUUAAACCCAUAGAAGGGAUGAAUUGUAUUGUGUAACAUCAAGUGUUUUUUUUACAGUGAAAAAUGACAUACACUCAUGAUUACUCAAGAAUACUCAUGAUUACAGAACAUACUAACACACAGUACCAGUCAAAAGUUUGGACACACCUACUCAU